AUUGUUUGGAAAUUGGAUGAUUCAUCACUUUCUUAUUACUUCUUCAAGUGGAUUGGUUUUAUACUCCAAAGAGUUUACCACUAGUCUUGCACAACCAAGACUAGUUGGUUCACUUCUAACAGCGCUGGUAGAGUUUUCAAAGAAAAACGUUUCUUUACCAGUGUCAUAUAUCGAACUUGAUAACCUUUCAGUUUCUGUUUCUGUGAGUGAAAGUACAAGAAUUAUUUGUGCUGUAUUUUUUGAUUCUGAAGACGGUUCUCACUUUGGAAAACUGGUCUCUACCGAGUUGUUGUUGGCAUUCUCUCAAGUGUACACAGAAAAUGUAGAAAAUGUAAACCAUUUGAAUAAUUUUGGUGACUUUUCUUCAAAGCUACCCGACAUUCUUGUUAGUUGCCUCGGCUGUGUGUUAAAUGAGUUGAAAGCGACAAGUUUUAUUGACAAUGCUGUUUUAUAUCACGGAGAUAACAUAUUAGCAAACACUUUUUCGGAAGAUAGUUACUACUUUGUUAGAUUUUGUACAGAGUUGGUCACAACUGCAAAUGGCUUGGUAUCCAAUUGCAAUGAUAAAAUUCAAAAUAUAACACUCGAAACACAAUACGAUCAAAGCUCAAAUGGAAACGGAACGAAACAACUCAUCCUCUAUCAGCUAGAGUACAGUUUGUACUUGGUUUUCUUAAUUCACUCGGAUCGAAAGGAAUCUGCGUUAUUUGAAACCAACCGAGUCAUAGGUUUGCUUGAAAAAUGUACGUUUGGCUGAUUAUUUCUGACCAAGCUUUUUUUAUUACCUUGUGUAUGAUUAGUGUUUGACACCUUAUUGUGUCUUGGAGGAUGUUGAUCUAUUUAACAGAGUGUCUGGAAGCAGUACUCAUUUGUGUUUUUGUUCUAAUUUAUAUGGUGUAUUUUUGGAAGAAUAUUGAUAGUUUGAAAAGAUUUGGCGACAAGGAUAGGCCACGAAGAGAACGUAUAGGGUUAUUUGCUCUUGUGUCAUAACCAAAUGAAUGACAUUCAAUCAGUUUCAACUUGUAUACUCCUAAAACAUCAACUCGAAGUUGGUCUAAAUCGAUUGAACUGAAAAUUCUACUCUGUAUAAUAUGAACUGAAUUGUUCCAAAGUUACUCACUCAUGAGCUCGAUUUUGUAUUUGAAUAAAAUGCCAAACAUCAUUUCUGACAUGUUCUUAUUAAGUGUUCAAGUUGUUGUUUAUUAAACUCUCUUAAAAUGAA